AUGGCAAAUAACGAUAAUGAAUUACAUGUAAUAAUCGAGGAUCCGAAAUCAAAAACAAACGAAGUUGGAGGUAACUCAUUUAUGACCUACAGAACCGAAUUCUGGAGGAAUAAUAUCGAAUUUUUUACCAAGGAAAAAGUUUCUCAGCAAAAUUUCAGUUUGCUUGCUGCGUAUUUUUGGAACGGACUGCAUGACGAUGUUAAAAAUACGUACACCGUACAAUCGCAAAACAAACAAACCAAGAAAUUCAAACGAGAAUUGGAAGUUAUUCAAGUUAACGGCCGACCAUCAGAUCACGAUAAUGAAAGUCCUCUAGGACUCAUGGAAAAUCAGUCAUUGUCAAAGAUUGUUGAUCAUUUCAACACUGUCAACAACGUUAAUGUUGCUACACCUGAUGCCAAUGUUCCACCUUCGACCGAAAUUCCUUUCGAUGGGAAUUAUGAAUAUUAUCCGUAUCUCGUCAACGAUUAUUUUUCUUUUCCCGUUGAAAUCAACGACGACAAUAUCGUCUAUGAUUUUCCCGUAGAUCCUUAUUCGAAUGUAGAUUUCACCCAAGAUAUCUUUCUUGGAGAAGGCUUU